ACCGUCAAGCAGGCCCUUAAGCUCGUUUGGCUCAUUGGCACAAACCUAUGUCUGCUUGCUCCAGAGGCGCGUAUUAAGGAUGUCUCGACCUACCACGCGUAGACCGGCACCGAAGGGCGAGUACAUAGAGACGGACUCGGGCAACAAAGUCUCCCGCCGUGCCGCCAUCACUGGAACCGCCAACAUCACCCUCGGUGGCCGCACCGUCAUCCAAUCCGAUGUGCAUCUUCGAGGAGACCUUCACCCAACCCGAGCUAUGCCAUCUAGCACCAGCUCAUCGAAACCAGAAGCUCCACCCACAUCCAUCAGCAUCGGCCGCUGCACCGUGAUAUCGACCGGGUGUGUGAUAAAACCUCCCAGCAGAGUCAGCAGAGGCGCAGUGCAUUACUAUCCCAUGAAAAUCGGAGACAAUGUCUUUGUCGGCCCCGGCUCAACCAUCUCCGCAAUCUCCAUCUCCUCCCACGUCCACAUCGGCGAAAACGUCGUCAUCCAGCCCUUCGCCAUUGUUAAAGAGAACGUCAAAAUCCUCUCAAACACCAUCAUCCCAUCUCACAUGGUGAUCCCCUCGGGCUCUGUCGUUGCCGGCCGGCCAGCGAGGGUAGUGGGAGAGGUCGGAGAGGGCUGGGGCGUUAGUGCUGGAGGUUCGAGCAGUGGGGGGCUAGGAAGUGUCGGGGGAGGUGCCGGGGCACCGUGGGUUGAGGGUGGAGACUUGAGAGAACUGGUUAGGGCCAUUAAGUGAGAAAUGAGGUGGCGUGAUGGGGAAGCGGUUCGAGGGUUGAGUGCGACUGAGCACCUUCAAGGGCUCGGAUAGAGUAACUAGCUUAGCGGCGGGAGUCCGUUUGUGGCAAAAUCGUAUACCUAGGUUUGCAAUAACAUACAACACUACGACACACACUAUACUACUACUAUACA